AUGGACGACGUUGCUAACGACGUGCGACCAUGCGAUCAACCCAGACCAGCCUCAGGGCAUCCUCUGCACCCGGCAAAUGCGAGGCUUCUCUCUCGAAUCCCUUUCAUAAAAUCACCAGCCGACGCUCAAACGCAGCAAAAUGUCAACCAAACACGUAAAUCGACGCCAACGGCCGAUUCUUCGCCACCUAUGUCUGCAGCAACACAGCAACACAAAACCCGGCGUCGAAGAGGGUCUCUUAGGAAGGCUGCACUUCUUGGACGCGGCGCGCAGCGAGAGCGGAGAGAUAGUAAACCAUUGAUGAUUGAUACUCUACACGCCAACGCAUUCGAAGAAGGAACGACUACGUCGUCUUCCUCAAUGACCGCGGAACACAACGCUUUGGGUCUUAAAGUAUCCGAUUUCGCACCUCGCGCGCUUCCAAAAAAUCAAAGCACACCCUCCAGUUCAAAUCAAUCAGUUCGGCUUUUAGAGAAAAUUGUUCCGCCUCCUUCCCAAAUCGAGCCAGAAACCAUACGCCAAGAUUCUUACAACUCAACUACCGACGAGGAGGACGUUUUGCAGAUGCACACUAACGAAAGAUUGGCUGCGCCCAAUAUUUCUGCAUCCCCUGGAUCUGAUUCUUACUUUGCAAGUUGCGCCGCAGGUUCUCGUCCUCGGUCCUUCCAACAGGCAAAGUCUCCUCUGUCGUAUAGCUCAAGCACAAACCUUCCGGCCUCGAACACUGCUUGGGAUUACUCAGAGACUGAGUGGUGGGGCUGGGUUGUUCUGACGGUUACAUGGUUUGUCUUCGUUGUAGGAAUGGGGUCCUGCCUUAACGUCUGGAGCUGGGCAUGGGAUGUGGGCACGACACCAUAUGCACCCCCGGAGCUUGAAGAUGACCCGACUCUGCCUAUAGUUGGGUAUUACCCAGCCCUCAUGAUUCUGACGGGGGUUAUGGCUUGGGUCUGGGUCGUUGUUGCCUGGGUAGGGAUGAAAUAUUUUCGACAUGCCAAAAUAAGCGGCGACUGA